AUGCUGCUGUGUGUUCAGCCACUCGCGUUCCAAGUACUCUUCCAGUUGGCGGAGAAAGUGGCAGUAAUAACGAAGAAGGAUGACGCCGACCUCCAAGCGACUACUCGCUCGACGGGACCCGACCACAUCUUCGAGUUUGAUGAGGCCGGCAUUUUUGCUAGAGCUGCGCCAGUCUCGAUCUGUCUGAGUCAUGGUCCUUCGGCCCGCGGUCCACCGACAGGCGCAAUGACCUUCCGAUUCCAUAUUCAACGGUGAGGCUUUUCCUGGGGAGAGUAGUUGACCGAACGAAUAGGGCGCAACGAACGUCAUUAUCAACAACAGUAUCGGUGGGUCGAGUUGGCACUUAUAAUCAGCAAUGACGACGAAGUCGCAACAAUAAUCGACUAGGGUGCAGGCCGGCAAACAGUCUUUGUACCACAUACGAGACGAAGCGAUGAACGGAAGAGCUGCUAAUUAUAGUAGAUCUGUGAUUGCAUGAUGACUGUUUCCGAUUAGUACUGCAUUCCUUGUGUGUCGUUGAGCCUUACCUAUAGCUAUCUCUGAUGAUGGGUUCCUGUAAAAAUCCUAAACGCCAGGGGUCGCAGCUCCAUCUCAAUGGACAUCCCCGAAAAUGUGCCCCCGACCGACACGCCAAAGGCAAAUUCGGAUGCGGAUUCAUGCUGCGCCAGCCACCUGAGCUCGAUACAACCUCCGGUUUUCUUAACUCUGUCAUGACACCGGGCGCAGGUGUGGAGGACAGAGUGAGUUAGAUGCUGUGCAAGUCCACUGUCACUGUCAUCGCUCCUACCCCCACCCUGCUGUGGAGCAUGCGGUUGGCAUCGUCGGUCACGACGGCCGAACUGUUGAAAUUAGGUUCGCAUGAGCAGUUCGCAGACGGCCCGCUAAAGUGGUAGAGUACGCCGGGAAAACGACUUUUCAGAACGCAAACGGUAACUGCGUUACUCAUGUAGAUGUUGGUGGGAUGCUCAGUAAGUCUGGGUGUUUCAUAUAAACCCGAGAGCUCUAGCCUACUUGAUUUGACUCUGUCUCCAGCUCCAAUAACUUUUAGCCAACAGAGUACUGUAACUCUCCGCAUAGCACAAGGCAAAGUGUAUGCUUAGAUUCGGCACGCUGUGGGCAUCAUGAUUUCGUAGGUGCUGCCCAAUUCAAGAACCCACUUUUUGUGUGCUAACCUUCCCACAUUCUGGGCUCGAUAAAUCAGUACUCAGUUCAUUAAAAGUGGACGCGUCCCUGACAAUCUAUGCAACGGAAUGCACUUAAGAGUUCUGGUUUUGGGACAAAGUUGGGGAGGUCGUAUUUACUACUAAGAUGCAUGUUACAUUGGGGAAACCAGUUAUGGCGUGAUAAACAGCGGUCUGUAGGACUUCGAUGGGUAUUCGUCUGUUAUAUGACAGUUUGACCGUGGUUAUCGACGAUGUCCACUGUGUGCUCCACAGCAAGCAGGGGACGGUGACUUCCGCGUGAGUUCGUCCAGAGUGAUAAUAGACUUACGCAGGAUUUACCCCACUCUGGCAGGACAGAGACAUAAGACGGGAGAUGGCCGACAAAAACGAACAGGCGAGUUCUAGGAAGCAAUUCUGAAGAAGGAGAUGAUGAUGAUGAGGAUGAUGAUGAUGAUGAUGAUGAUGAUGAUGAUGAUGAUGAUGAUGAUGAUGAUGAUGAUGAUGAUGAUGAUGAUGAUGAUGAUGAUGGUGUUGCCUGUGGUGGUGGUGGUGGUGAUGCCUGUGAUGGUGUUGGUGGUGGCGGCGGCGGCGGCGGCGGCGGCGGCGGGAUGGUGGUGGUGGUGCGAUCACUGGAACAAGAAGUUCAUUGGUACGCAGUCCAUUAG